AUGAAACCCGCGCGAGGCGACUCCUUUGGCGACUCCAGCACCGGCGCCUCCAGCACCGGCGGCGCCAGCUGCAGGCGACUCCAGCACGAACGGCUCCAGCACCGGCGACUCCAGCACCGUGGCUCAAGCUGCUGGCGACUCCAGCCUGGCGGCUCCAUCACAGGCGGCGACUCCAGCACAGGCGACUCAUCACAGGCGACUCAGCCCCAGCUGGCUCGCACAGGCGGCUCCAGCCCAGGCGGCGCUGGCACAGGCAGCUCCAGCACCGGCAGCCUCCAGCACAGGCGGCUCCAACACCAGCCUCCACUGGGCAUCAGCGCGGCCGGCUCCUUUGGUGACUCCGCCUGGCGGCUCAGCACAAACCUCAGCACAGAUGACUCCAGCACAGAGCGGAGGCUCCAGCACCCGGCGGCUCCGCUGCGUAGCCUCCAGCACAGGCGACUCCCUUCCGAAGCGACCAGCGCAGAUGGCUCCAGCACAGGCGGCUCCCGCGCAGCGGCUCCCGCGCGGCGCGCCAGCACAGGCGGCAAACCGGCACCAGGCAGGCUCCGGCACCGACGCCUCCAGCACAGGCGACUCCAGCACAAGCCGACUCUCCCAGCACGUGGCUCAGCACCAGCCUCUCGGCACAAGCGACUCCAGCACAGCUCCAGCACAGACGCCUCCUUUGACGGCUCCCAGCACAGCGCCUCCAGCCUGAGGCGGAAAAACCCGCACAGAAGCGACUCAGCACAGGCGGCCUCCAGCACAGAGCGCCUCCAGCACAGGCUCGGACCGGCCGCUCCCGCACAGGCGGCUCCCGCACAGGCGCUCAGCCCAGCAGGCUGCUGGGCAGCUCCCACUUUGAGCGCCUCCUUUGGCGCCUCCAGCACAGGCGGCUCAGCACAGGCGACUCCAGGACCGGCGACUCCAGCACAGGCGGCUCCGCUUCAGGCAGCUCCAGCACGGCUGACUCCAGCACAGGCGGCUCCAGCACAGACGCCUCCAGCACAGGCGGCUCCAGCACCGGCGGCUCCAGCACCGCUUGGCUCCAGCACAGACGGCUCCCAGCACAGAGCGCCUCCAGCUUCCAGCCUCCAGCACCGGCGCCUCCAGCACAGCGACUCCAAGCACAGACGCCUCCAGCACCGUGACUCCAGCAGCGCCUCCAACACCCCGACGGCUCCAGCGGCGCCUGGGCUGGUCUGGGGCAGUUCUCCUGGACAAGACAGAGGGAGGGUGACCGUCCCUGCAGAGGAGAGCAGCUGGAGCUCAGAGAGGAAGGGCCUUCCGUACUCCAUCAUGGUGGUCGUCCGGGCGCUUCCUACACGUUUGUGCACUUCCAGCUUCAGCGACUCCAGCACCUGGCUGACUCAGCACUGUGACUCCAGCACCACAGCGACUCCAGCACCGACGACUCAAAUACUGGCGACUCCAGCACAGACGGCUCCAGCACCAGGCGACUCCAGCACAGACGACUCCUUUAGGCGACUCAAAUACUGUGACUCCAGCACAGACCGGCUCCAGCACAGGCAGAACUCCAGCACAGAUGGCUCCAGCACAGAGCGACUCCGGCACAGACGACUCCAGCACCGCGCCUCCAGCACCGGCGGCUCCAGCACAGGCGACUCCAGCACAGACAGCUCCAGCACCGGCGGCUCAGCACCGAUGACAAAUACUGGCGACUCCCAGCACCGUGGCUCAUCACAGGCGACUCCAGCACAGGCGACUCCAUCACAGGCGACUCCAGCCCAGGCGACUCCCAGCACAGGCGGCUCCAGCCCAGGCGGCUCCAGCACAGGCGGCUCCAGCACCGGCGCCUCCAGCACCCAGGCGGCUCCAGCACGCGCCUCCAGCACAGGCGGCUCCAGCACGGCGGCUCCCGCUGGGCGGCUCCAGCUGCAAAGGCGGCUCCAGCACCCGACGCCUCCAGCACAGAUGACUCCAGCACAGGCAGCUCCCAGCACCGACGGCUCCAGCACCCGCGCUCAACAGACGGCUCCAGCACAGGCAGCUCCAGCACAGAUGACUCCACAGCACAGACGACUCCAGCACCGGCCGGCUCCAGCACCGGCGCCUCCAGCACAACGGCUCCCAGCACAGGCGGCUCCGCUGCGCCACUCCAGCACAGGCGACUCAGCACAGCGACUCCAGCACCGGCGGCUCCAGCACCGGCGCCUCAGCAUAGGCGACUCAGCACAGGCGGCUCCAGCGCGACGACUCCAGCACCGGCUCCAGCACAGGCGCCUCCAGCACCGCGCCUCAGCACCAGACGGCUCCAGCACCGGCGGCUCCAGCACAGACGCCUCCAGCACAGGCGCCUCCGCACAGCGCCUCCAGCACCAGCGGCUCCAGCACAGAGACGCCUCCAGCACAGGCGGCUCCAGCACAGGCGACUCAGCACAGAGCGACUCCGCACAGGCGCCUCCAGCACCGACGACUCAGGACCGAGCGACUCAGCACAGAGGCAACGGCUCCAGCACCAAGGCGCCUCCAGCACAGAGACGCCUCCAGCACAGACGGCUCCGGCACCAGGCGACUCCCAGGACCAGCGACUCCAGCACAGACGGCUCCAGCACAGACGGCUCCAGCAGGCGUGACUCCCGCUGUGGCUCCAGCACAGGCGCCUCCAGCACAGGCAGCUCCAGCACCGGCGGCUCCAGCACCGGCGGCUCCAGCACAGGCGGCUCCAGCACAGGCAUGCCUCAACACCCGGCCUCCAGCACCGCCUCCCACAGCACCUGGCGACUUUCCAGCACACCCGACCUCCAGCACCGGCGACUCCAGCUUUUUGGCCGCCUCCAGCACCGGCGGCUCCCGCGGCCUGGGCCUGGUCUGGCGGCAGGUGAAGCUGCUGUGUCUGCUCUACAGCUGCUGAUGGUGAAGUCUGGUUACUGCUGUGGACUCGCUCUGAUCCACAUCCUGAGAAACAGGCGUCCGGCCGCUGCACCUUGA